AGUGCAAAGAAACCUUCAAAGCUUUUCACCGAUAAAGAUUAAACAGGGAAAAAAAUCGUGAAUUAAGUGCAUCGAAAUGAGUUCCUAUCAACUUUACAGGAACACUACGUUAGGGCACACCCUACAAGAAAGUUUAGAUGAUUUAAUUCAGGUUGGUCAGAUCACACCACAGCUUGCAUUGAAGGUGCUACUGCAGUUUGACAAGUCCAUCAACCAGGCCCUGGCUAGUAGAGUGAAGACUCGAGUCUCGUUCAAGGGCAAGCUGAACACUUAUCGGUUUUGUGACAACGUGUGGACGUUUGUUCUGAACACAGCUGAGUUCAAAGAAGUCCAGGAGAUAGCCCGGGUCGACAAGGUGAAGAUAGUGGCGUGUGACGGUAAAGGGGCAGACAAAUGAUGGACUGAAGCAAUCUCAAUGCUUGCUGGCCUGGCUGUGAUUGUUUGAACUGGCCUGGGGUGGGGAUGUGAAUCUGUCUUAAACGUGUGAUCAGUGUUGUUACAUGACAAAUAUUGCAUCACAUCAUCAUUGUCAUUCAGUUUUCAUAAGGAUUGAUUAUUGGAUUAUUUUGUAACUUUAAACAAUGUAAAUUAAUUUUUAAUGUAAGAAAUAGAAAUUUUAAAUGAUGUAAGUUAAUUUUAAUUUAAUACAUAAGGACUUGGUGAAAUUGCAUUUUGCUUAAGUAUCUUGUCAAAUAUUUACUAUUGAAUCUAUUUUGAGACUUAUUAUCAAACAUGUGAUAUUCAUGCAGUUAUAAAAGUUUUGAUAUUGCAAGUAUUGUUAUAGUCUAGAAAACAGGAAUACUUCUAAUGUAAGUUAUUGAUUCUAAAUAGAACAAUAAUACAUUGCUUUCUAAAGAUGUUGUAUCUUUCCUAUGGUUUUUGUGUGUCUUAAUUGCAUAAAGGAUAAUACUGAACAGAAUUAAGAAAAACAUUCUUCUCACAGUACUCAUUUUGCAGAUCAGUUGUUGAAUUACAUGUAGACCAAACAGCUUAAGUUAAUCUUAUGUUUAUUUAUUAUGCCCCCGAAGGAGGGCAUAUAGUUAUCGGACCGUUCGUCCGUCCGUUUGUCUGUCUGUCUGUCUUUCAGUCACACUUUGCAUUUAGGUUUUGAAAAAUGCUCAUUACUUCUAUGUCCCUUCACAUAGCAACUUGAUAUUUGGCAUGCAUGUGUAUCUCAUGGAGCUGCACAUUUUGAGUGGUGAAAGGUCAAGGUCAUCCUUCAAGGUCAAAGGUAGAAAAAACAUGUAUCAAAGCAGCGCAAUAGGGGCAUUGUGUUUUUGACAAAACACAUCUCUUGAUUUUGUGUGAUAUUAUUGUUCAUUUUUGUGAUUUUCUUCAGCUUUUGUCAACCACAUCAUGGAUUUCAUUUAUGACUCAUUUAGAAAUUGUGAAAAAGAAAUACAAUUGAUUUGAAGGCGCAUUUUCAGAAUAAAAAUAUUCAGCAUCACUGCAAAAAUGUGCACAAAAUACGAAAAAUGUCCAUAGUAAAACCUUAGUAACGUACUACAAGAUGGUAGAAGGCAACAAGUGUUGCACACACGUCUAAGAACUAACUGUAGUUCUCUUAACAAACAUUUAUAUGAUAGAAAUCUAGUUCCAUCGCCGCUUUGUCAAUGCGGAAAAAUAAAAGACACUACUCACUUUUUUUUAAUCUGUCCUUUACAUGCAAAUUUAAGAUUAACUUUAGUGAGAACUAUAGACCAAUACACGGAUAUAUCAUUGCGCACAUUAUUGUAUGGCAAUGAAAAUCUUUCCUUUGUAGAUAAUUUAGCUGUGUUUGAUGCAGUACAUAGUUUCAUUGAAGGCUCGGGAAGUUUCGGGAUGAUAUAACUAUCGGUUCUCUUAUUUUUUACAUUUUCUUUUCUUAACAAUUAUUUCUUUGAUUCUGCAUUGUUUUCUUAAAUACACUGUUACAAUAUUUAAAAAACAAAAACAAAACAAUUUUGAUUCCAACGAUACUUACAUACUUGUUUAACCUCGAAUCAUUAUUCAUUGCUUUGUGUUUAAAAUGCAAAUUACCGUCACUAUGUAUGUUAAUAUAUUGCUGGGGAAAGGAACCCUACUAGCUUUGCUACCGUUCCAAUCCUAUAAACUUAAGAUGUUUGUAAAAUAUCUUGUACACACAUUCUAGAAUAAAUAUGUUUAAACCAAGAUGGUACAAAAUUCAAGGCAGACUCAGUGUCUUGUUUACAAAUGUAGUUAAGUAUCUCAUGUUUAUUUUGUAGUAAACAUUAAUUCCCAUGCGUACAUUUAGUCCAACCCUGGUUAUGUAAGCAUCUUUUGCCAUUAGUAUUUUAUUGUAAAUUUGUAGUAAAUUUUUCAUGAUUAUAUUGUAAUCUAGUAAUAAUCUUAACACCAAGUUAAUCAUGUAACAUUUUUUAUUAAAACGUUGGAGUUAAGACAAGUUUUGGAUGUUCUUAUUUGUAUGAUAUAUUUUUUGUACAUCCCAUAUUAUGUUCAAAUAAAGUGGUUAUAACAUAA